AUGGCAGACUACAUCGGUGACAAAAGUGAUGUAGAAGUACUGCGAGUGAAUGAAGAAGAAUCUGUUAAUCUGGAGACUGAAGUUACUGACAUAAAGAGAGAUGAUGUGAUAGAGUGGAAAUUUGGAGAUGAAGAAACUCCCAUAGCUCAAAUCAAUCCUUCCAAAAAUAUCUCCAGUACAUCUGAUAAAGGUCUAUUCAGAGAUAAACUGAAGCUGAAUCAUCAGACUGGAGAUCUCACCAUCAAAGACAUCAGACAGAAACACACUGGAGUUUAUAAACUGAAGAUCACCAGAGGAGGAAAAACAUCAUACAAGACAAUAUCUGUGUUUGUCAGAUGUGCGAGAGAAGAUUCAAAGAAGACGACAGGAAACGAUUUAGAGGAGAAGACAGAAAACGAUUCAGAGGAGACAGGAAACAAUUUUGAGGAGAAGACAGAAAUCAAUUUUGAGGAGAAGACAGAAAUCAAUUCAGAGGAGAAGACAGAAAACAAAUUAGAGCAGAAGACAGGAAAUGAUUCAGAGAAGACAACAGGAAAAAAUCACAGAAGCCAACAGGAAAAGAUUCACAGGACAGAAGACAACAGGAGAAGAUUCACAGGACAGAAGACAACAGGAGAAGAUUCACAGGACAGAAGACAACAGGAGAAGAUUAAAAGGUUUAAAUGAUGCUUGAUGAAUUUGACUGUCACCUGCAAUAGGCAGUCAACUUUUCAGCGUGAGCUUGAUUGACAUGCGACCUAACCAAUCAUAAUACUGAUAUUAUUGCCAUUCACAACCUUUAUCCAAAAGACAAACCACAGAGUAUAUUUAAACCUUAUGCACGCUACGCAAUUUUAAAUAGUUCUUCGGGAUUGUCUCUCAUCGCAGCACUGUAAACUGAUAUCAGGUCAUUAAUGCAAUGUCACACCGUGGAGUUUUUAUUCUGACAAUAAAAACUUUAUAGACUAACCUUGUAAAACCCUCGGUUGCAAUAUUACUACAUCAGUUUAAAAUCUAAUAAAGUAUACCUGUACAUGUUUUUUUUCUCUUUAAACCACAUUUACACAACUUAAAAAGUCCUAAUGUUUAACCCUGCAAUGAUUUCGAAUGGUAGACUUUGUAAAUAGGUUUGUUUUCCUGGCUGUGAUCUUUCAAAACCUGCAAACUUGCCUUGAAUAACAUAACCUUUUUUACUGGACUAAAUAAAUCAACAAUCAUGUAAGUAAAAUGCCUAAAAUAUUUUUUUCUGUGAUUAGUUAUGUGUUUAGAUCGUGCAGAUUUUAAGAUACAGCUGAUGUUUUGAUUAUAUAAGAUUUUGAACUUAUGACAAUGUUGCAACUUUA